CCGCUCCUUGCCUGCGCGCCGCUGCGGAGCCGUGCUGACCGACAGCGGAUCAUCUGUCCGCCAGAAGCGGCAAAGAGAGGCGCGGCCGUCGGCAGGCAGAUAUGGCCAUGCCCAGUUCCCUUUUGUGGGCUGUUGACAUUUUUGGGAGGGUUUACACUCUAUCCACUGUCGGCCAGUACUGGGAGCUGUGUAAGGACACACAGCUGGAAUUCAAACGGAUUUCUGCUGUCAAGCAGUGCUGCUGGGGAAUAGCUUGUGACCAUCAUGUGUACACCUACGUGUUCCCAGGGGAUGUUCCCAUCAGAUACCAAGAAGAAACAUAUGAGAAUCAGCGCUGGAAUCCAGUUGGUGGCUUCUGUGAGAAAUUACUGCCCAGUGACCGCUGGCAGUGGAGUGAUGUGAGCGGGCUAAAACAUCAGCAGCUCGAUAGUUUCACACUGCCUUCACCACACUGGGAGUGGGAGUCUGACUGGUAUGUGGAUGAAAAUAUUGGAGGGGAACCAACAGAGAAAGGGGGCUGGACUUAUGCCAUAGACUUCCCCAGCACCUACACAAAGGAUAAGAAGUGGAAUUCUUGUGUCAGACGCAGGAGGUGGAUCAGAUACAGGAGAUACAAAUCACGGGACAUGUGGGCAAAGAUUGUAUCCCAUCAUGAGCCAGAUCAGCUGCCAGACCCUUUCAAUGACAUCUCCAUUGGAGGAUGGGAGAUCACCGAUGAACCUCUUGGCCGUUUAUCAGUGUGGGCAGUGUCUUUACAAGGAAGGGUGUGGUACAGAGAAAAUGUCUGCCAUCACAAUCCAGAAGGUUCCCUGUGGUCCUUAAUCACCACUCCUGGGGAAGUUGUACAGAUCAGCUGUGGACCAUACGACCUCCUUUGGGCCACUCUUUGGGAAGGACAAGCUAUUGUGAGGGAAGGAAUUGACAGGAAUAACCCUCAAGGUAUUUCCUGGAGUAUUGUGGAGUCUCCAAGCUCUGAAAAUGGGAUUAUGCACGUCUCUGUGGGUGUUGAUGUAGUGUGGUGCGUCACAAAGGACAGAAAAGUGUGGUUUAGAAGAGGAGUGAACUCACAUAAUCCUUGUGGAACAAGCUGGAUUGAAAUGGUUGGAGAAAUGAUGAUGGUGACCGUAGGCUUAAAUAACCAGGUCUGGGGAAUCGGCUGCGAUGACAGAGCACUUUAUUUCCGCCAAGGUGUCACACCAAGUGAGCUCAGUGGGAAGACAUGGAAGGCAAUUGUGUCUGGCAGAGAAAGUGACAGAUCUCAAACUGGGAGCUCAACAAGUCUGCUCAGCGCUGGCUGUUUCUUUACUGAUGAUAUCCAGAACCAAACAAAUGCAAUCGUUCAGGGUGAUGCAGAUACUUCCUCUGAUACAGAGCUUCCAAGUGUACCCAAGAGCCUUGCCAACACCCCCACCGUGGGAGCUGCAGCCAGCAGCAGCAGUAACAGCACAGACAACCAGGCAGCAGUACAUGCACAACUGACUGUGGAUCCUCUGGACUCUGAUCAGGGAGAAGCCCCUGUUGCUUUGCCUAAUGAUGAGAAAGCUAAUCUCGAAAUGCAUAAAGCUUCUGCAAGCCCAAAUCCUUCUGCAGAACUGCAGUGGACAAACAUUGACUUGAAGGAGGUCCAAAAGCAUCCAGUCCUCUCUGUCAGCACCUUUGCAGAAACAUCCAGCCUGUCUUCCCUUGGCAUGUUCUCAGUGGGAGCUGAAGAGCAGUACGGAGCAGAUGAGCACCCACUGUGGGCCUGGGUGUCUGGGGGAGGCUGUCUUGUAGAUCUGCACAGCCCACUGAAAUGGUUCACUGUUCCAUCAGGUCUGUCGUCCUCUGUGCAGUCUCUGUCUCUGUCAAUCACUCCAGCACAGACAGCAGCGUGGCGAAAGCAGAUUUUUCAGCAGCUCAGUGAAAGGACCAAGAGGGAACUGGAGAAUUUCAGGCACUAUGAACAGGCUAUUGAGCAGUCAGUCUGGGUUAAAACUGGGACCUUGCAAUGGUGGAGGAAUUGGAAGCCUCACAAAUGGAUGGACGUUCGAGUUGCGCUCGAGCAGUUCACCGGGAGCGAUGGAAUGCGUGACAGCAUCCUGUUCAUCUACUACAUGUACCACGAGGAGAAGAAGUAUAUCCAUGUGUUCCUGAAUGAAGUCACUAUCAUCGUUGAAAUUCUGAAUGAAGCCAAACACUCCUUUGCACUGUAUACACCUGAAAGGACGAAGCAACGAUGGCCCAUCCGCCUGGCAGCCACAACAGAGCAAGAAAUGCAGGACUGGCUGUCUUUGCUGAACAUGUCCUGUUGUGAAAGCAGACGGAUUCAAGGUCCUCCUUCUCACCAUGCCAUUUGGUCAGUUACUUGUAAAGGAGACAUCUUUGUUAGUGAGCCAAGUCCUGAACUGGAGGCUGGACCGCAGCUGGCACCGUGUGACCAAAUGUUUUGGCGUCAAGUUGGAGGUCAUCUUCGACUGAUAGAGUGCAAUAACCGAGGCAUAGUGUGGGGCAUAGGAUACGAUCACACAGCUUGGGUUUACACUGGUGGAUACGGAGGUGGCUUCAUUCAAGGACUGGGCAGUAGUGCUGAUAACAUCUACACGCAAUCAGAUGUGAAAUGUGUUUACAUCUAUGAAAACCAACGGUGGAACCCAGUCACUGGAUACAGCAGCAGAGGUCUGCCCACGGACAGAUACAUGUGGAGUGAUGCAUCUGGCCUGCAGGAAUGUACCAAAGCCAAUACCAAGCCUCCUUCUCCACAGUGGUCUUGGGUAUCCGAUUGGUACAUUGAUUUUAAUACCUCAGGUGGAACAGAUCGGGAAGGCUGGCAGUAUGCAGCAGACUUUCCAGCGUCCUACCAUGGUCACAAGACAAUGAAAGACUUUGUCCGACGGAGGCGCUGGGCAAGAAAAUGUAAGAUUGUCACCAACGGACCAUGGCUGGAAGUGCCUCCAAUUACCCUGUGGGACAUCUCCAUCAUUCCCAGUUCAGAUGCAGAUGAUGAAGAAGCAGUAGCACUGUGGGCAAUCAGUGACAAAGGAGACGUGCUCUGCAGGCUUGGAGUGACACAGCAAAGCCCAGCUGGAACAUCCUGGCUGCACGUGGGAACAGACCAGCCCUUCAUUUCCAUCUCAAUCGGAGCCUUUUAUCAAGUGUGGGCUAUUGCCAGAGAUGGUUCUGCUUUCUAUCGGGGUUCAGUGUCUCCAAAAAAACCUGCAGGUGACUGCUGGUACCACAUUCCUUCACCUCAGAAACAAAAGCUAAAACAAGUCUCAGUGGGCCGAACGUCUGUGUUUGUGUUGGACAAAAAUGGCAAUCUUUGGUACAGGCAAGGCAUCACACCCAGCUACCCUCAAGGCUCUACUUGGGAUCAUGUCUCAAAUAACAUCCGUAAAAUGUCUGUAGGGCCCCUGGACCAGGUCUGGGUGAUAGCUGACAAAGUGCAAGGAAGUCAUAGUUUGAGCUGUGGGACCGUCUGCCAUCGGAUUGGUGUUCAGCCAAUGGAACCUAAGGGCCUCUCAUGGGAUUAUGGUAUUGGGGGUGGAUGGGAGCACAUUACAGUCAGAGGAAAUGCAACUGAAGCAGCUAGGGCCACUGCACGUGACACUUCAGAGGAAAACCUUGAAAUAUCAAAGGGUGGAGAAGAUGAGAGUAAAGGGAAAACAGAACACUCUAAAACCUCUCUGAUGGUCAGUGAAAGUCAAGAAUUGGACAGAAAUGCUGUUAGUUGUUAAGGUGUCAUUGUCUACAUGUUGCAAACAAGCAGUAGUCAGUCUAAUUUACAAAGAAUCUAAGUAUUUAUUGCCUGGAGAAAAAAAAAUGACCUUUUUUGUGCUACUACUAUAUUUUACUGUACUGAAUUUUGCAGUGAGGGAUUUUGAAUACCGAUUUCUCCUACAACAUCACGUGUAAAAUGUGACUUGGUGUGCAGCUAGUAGUUUUGUCAAAGCAGGCAAGCUUUUUAGCACAGUGUAUUCCCUGGCCCUUUGCCAUAGCUGCUACACAGUCAUACAAAUGUGAAUAUUUUUGCAGAUGGUCAUUUUUUUAUGAAUACUGCAGUUCCCUUCCCUAUGUUUCUCUCUUAUUCACAUACCUUGCAACUACAAAUCCUUUAGAUUUGUAUUUGAGCAGCAAUGCUGAUGUCAUUUAAAUGAAUUACAGGUGUUCAGUGAUCUGCACUGCAAACAUAACUCGUCCUGAGUCUUCAAGAUUCUGAUUUGGUAGGAAUGCAAACCAACUUCACUGAUAGCAGUGGAGUUUGCCAACAUACACUUCUGUGUGUUCAGAAGGAAGCUCUGUUCUUUGUGUUAAGUGAUUGAUUUGUUCCUUCUUCCAACACUAAACCACUUUUUUAUUCUCAAAAAAAAACCACCCUAUUUUCCUCUUGGUUAUCACCAUUUGUCCAUGAUGUGAAACGUUUAUUUGAAAUCCAGUCCUUAGGAAGCACUGAAGAAAAGCUUUUUCUGCCAAUGGCUUCAGGAAGGCAUCGUGGUUUUCCUCUGGCAAGAGUUUACAAUCAUUUCUCCUCUCUGUCUGUGACUAUUUAUGGAGUUAUUUUUAUACGACCAGCAGUGUGGUGUGGUCUCAGUACUGUAUUUGUAGAAGUGAAAUUUCUGUUUGCACGUAUUUAAAGAGUAAUAUUUGGUAUUUUGAUGCCAAGGGAAGCACUGUUUCCAUGUCCAAAUGUGAAUGAAGAUUCAAGAUUCUUUACUGUUUAAAAGAAUCCCUGUUGAUCCUUCCAGUAUGUGAUUACAGAUUUCUUUAUCCAGAUCUUGUGGGAGUACUACAAAUAACGUUUGCAUUGAUUACUGUAAUAGGUUUUGCAUAACUUGCACAGUCCUUUGUCCAAAUAAAUGUAUUUUAGAGAAUUGUCACAUGUAUUUUAGAGAAUUAUUAAGACUGUAUUUUCCCUGCAUUGUAUCAAAAGGAUUCUUCUUUUCAUAGUCAGUGUUUACAUAU